ACUUCUGCGUUGUGUCUCGGUCGCGUCGGUCCAUGCUUUUUGGCUCGUGAGUUUUUCAACUGCUUGUGCUUUUGCAUCUGUGUCUCUGGAUUUUGUGGAUUAAGACAUUAUUUCUCCUUCUUUUUUUGGCUUAAGGAAAUUAAAAGGAUUUUUUUGGGAUUCCUUUCAAGAAAAAAUUGAAAAAAAGGAUCUAAAGAAAGGAUAAAGCUUCAGGAUCAACUCCUUCUAAUCCCUGAAUUUUCCAUUUGUGCUUGUUUAGAGCUAAGAGAAAAAUGGUAAAGUGAGGGUGUGGCGAAGAAAAGGAAAGGACGCUGCUGGCAGGACAAUUUGCACGGUGCUGUGAUAUCCAGACAAUGUGUUGUGAUCUCGUGUGGAGGCAUCUGGGCUGAGAGGCUUCGCGCACUGGCCCCACGGUGUUGUGAAAAGUGCAUGAGAAAGUGAUUUGAGAGUAGCAGAGAAGAAGCAAGAAAAAAACGAAGAAGCAGCAUCAGCUUAAAAGGAGCAAAAGCAACCACCUUUAGGAAUAAAUAUCAAACACACAAAUAACCCACAAUGCAUAUCGAUUGGCGAGAUGUGGCGAGUAGUUUGGUUUUCCUUGGAGCAAUCACACUUAUUCUGGCGGAGGGUACCCCAGCACCGGAUACAGCAUCCUCCCCACGGUAUGCUCCAGCACAAAUAAUUGAUAAUCUCCAACCGCCUCCACUGCAAAUUCCCGGACAUUUUGCCGGGCAGCUUCCGCAGCGGCAGCAGGAGCCAUCAUUUUUCCAAAAAGUAGCCAGUUUCUUUGGGUUUGGACCCACAAAGAGACACGUAGUGCCCCAGCCAGUUCAAACUCAGGUUCCCCCUGCUAAGUACAGCAACACCCAGCGAUCAUCGCAAGUUUCCGAUGCCUCCGUUCACACAGCCUAUCCUGUGAAUUCCUACACAGUUCCAGUUCACUCGAAUGCACCACAAAUUGUGCAGCAGCCUGUAGUGGAGCAUCAGGUAGUGCAACAUCAGGUGGUGCAGCAUCAGGGGCAUCAGCAUAUUGUGCAACCACAUCAGGUGGGGCAGAUCAAUGAUCCCGCGUACUUCCCGUGCAAUAAAAUGCCAUGGGUGCCAAUGUACAAUGGCGCCGAAAUCCCAGUUGGGAGGCCAGAGAAAUUCCAGGAGCAACAGAAGGCACCCUACAACUACCAUCCAGCUCCACUGCAGAACGCCUACCUACCUGCUAAGCAGACAGGGCCAAACAUUUGGUCACAGCAAGUUCAAGCUGAUAUACGGUAUACUCCUCCGCCAGCUGUUGCAGGUGUCACGAGUCCUGAGUACCUGCCUCCAUCGCAAAUCCUGCCAAUUCAGGACAACAAGCAACAUCACUUGGUACCAAUUCCGGUACCAAACCUCAGUGUAACGCCUAUUCCGCCACUCUACGACUACAAGCCAUUUGCUUCCAUUAAAGUUAAUGGCGGUACUGCCCAUAGUGGUCCUGCUUUUAGUGCUCCCGCUCAAGGAGGUCCUGCAGUUGCAAAAAUCACCAACAUCAUUGUGGGGACAAACGUGGAAAGACCAAAUAAUCCUGGAGCACCAAACAGGCUGUACCUUCCACCACCUCAGCAGGAUUCAGGAGGUUACCACUACCCGAAACCUUCAAUGAAAUUCCCAACAGGUGGUGAAGAUCCCCGGAAUAACUUUGAUCCUCACUCCCAAGUUGAGACUUUUGCCCCAACAGCUGUACCUGCUCAGAAGAUUGUAGCCAAGGAAACCUACAACGAUCUUCAUACGGAUUUUGAGAUUAUAAAAAGUAUCCCUCUGGUGCAGUUUACCUCUUCAGUUCAUUUCCCGAAUCUCCCAAAUCUUCAAGGUCAGAUUGUUCAACCAGCUCUGGUUACAACGGUAGCCCCAGAGGUUGUGGAAGUCAGUUCACCAGCUAUUGAGCUUGUAGCUCCGUCAAAUCAGAAGUACAUCUCUCAACCGAUUGUUGUUGAGCACGAAGAGAGUACAGACAGCUACACGGCAGCCUCGUCGCACAACAUAACUGUCCAGGAGGAUCUUCUUGAGAAUCUGGAAAAUUACCUCGACUCUCAGGAUGCUGUAGUUGUUCCUCCGCCAAAAACUUUCAAUUUCACCGAAGAUGACGUCAGGGCUGUGAUCCAAGCUGCUGCAGAGUAUGGGCAGAAAAUUCCAGGGAAGAAAGAUAGGGAGACCCCGAAGAAUCUUCUUGAUUCUCCGAUUUUCCACUCAAUUAAAGGCGGGAAUGCUCCGAAGCCUUUUACGAGAGAUCCCAGCGAUUUGAGGGUGUCUCAGAAACCCGAUCAUACGCCAUGGCUUCCAACAACAACUCCUUGGACAACAUUCUCCCCAUAUAGGGAGCCGUUGAGGCCUACAGCGUCAUCAAUUGAAGCUAGUGGUGCUAAAUCUGGCUUGGAGCCACCUCCUGCUCCACUUCCAUUGGAUAGUCUCAAUCUCUAUACGAAUACAAAGAGACCGAAGCAGAUUCAGAUAAUCAUUCCCUACACAACAAACAACCAUCCUCAACCCUUUAAACCUCCUGAUGAGUUUGUUAGAGAAGGUGAGAUCAAGCUGCCUCCUCUUAGAGAGUUCAGCAAAUGGUCAAAUAGUCACAAUGGUCAGGAGUUUCAUGCCGAAGAGGAAUCUCAGUACAUCACAGCCACACAAACUCCAUCAACGCACAAAACAACACGAUUCCUCAACAAGAUCGUCAGACCAACAAUCAACAUCCGUGAGCUGUUGCGCAAUGAAAAGGAUGUCAGUCAGAUCUCUCCGCUUCCUUUUGAUAUUGUGACACUGCAGAAGAAUAUCGAUGACUGGACAGAGCAGGAAUUUGCUUCAGAGCCUCACAAGGCUAGCACAAUUUCCCUCCUGGCUCCAGCCAAGAAGAUCCCAGAAGAGUACUUAACUACACCAUCUAUGGAUGAGCUGUACUACCAAACAACAACACUAGAAACAACGCUCGACUACGAUGGUACGUCGUAUGAUCAGCCACAGUCAGAUGAAAGUGCAACAGAUGAAUUUGGAAGGAGUGCAACGGAGCCAAUUGAGGAUAAUGAGGUGCAGCACGGUGAGGAAGUUUCCGUGAAAUCGGAAAUUAAUCCUCCUCUGUGGGGACACCUCAAGGUGGCCAUUUCUCCGUUGACGCAGGAGAAGAUCUACGUGGUAACGCCACAGCCACUUGUUGAUGACAACAGAGCGCAGGAUGUGAAUGGCUUCAAGUCACCGCGCUUCACGAUGGGGAGUCGACCAACGCCGGGAGCUUCAUCCGCAGGAAGUACGUCCUACAUCUUGGGAUUGACGCUCUCCCAAUCAGUUAAUAGUCUACAGAGUAAGGCAACACCCUAUGUGCCGGAAUUGUUUGGCAAACUCGCUUCAUCGCCGUUUGUUAAUGUUUCCUCAGAAGAGCAAGACGAUGUCGUUCCUUCAAGGAAAAUUACAAUAAUAACUCCUUCGCCGAAUCGCAAGAAGUUCACCGAGAGUGGCUUGGAGAGGAGAAAUUCGCGGUAGGAGGAAAAAUUCAAAGGACAGCGGAAGAGGAAAUUAAAAAUGGGAGACUGAAUAAAAGUGACAAAAAAAGUUUGCAAUAAAAUUUAGGAAAAAUCUAUAAUUGAAAAAUAUUUUCUAGUGUCUUAAAUUAAGAGAUUUAAGGCUCCAGUGGGUGGAUGAUCGUUAAAUUGUCAGUAUGGAAUUUAUUUAUUUUAUUUAGAACUUUUUUUUUUAAUUAUUUCAUUCUUAAUAAAAUUUAACGUUGGAUAUUUAAGACGUCAGAUGUUUGACGUUUAUUUUGAAUAUUAAUUAAUUUUGACAGUAAAUUGAACGAAAUGUCACAAAUAAACAGAAUUUAACGUCUUUUGAUCCUGAAAAAAAAUACAGAGCCUCCAUUAAAGCUAGAAAUAAUAAAGUUGAAUGAUUGCGGGCUUAUUAAAUCUUAUAAGAUCAAUCAUUUUGUAAUCAACGUGCUCAUUGAAAACAUCUAUUCAAAUUAACUUUGCAUUGAAGCUAAACAUGGUGGAAAAAUUAGAAUAAAUUUACUAGAAACUAUUGUUAAUCUGAAAAGAACUCAAAUUUAAUUGAAUUAAUUGAUUAAUUAACUAAAGAUUCCACCCACCUUUCUUCAAACUAGUUGAGUCUCUGUGCAAAAUUAAUUAGAAUAAAAUAAAACAAAUAUUCACAUCUUCUUUUCAUGAACUCUAUAAGCAAAAAAUAGCAAAAAAUCAAUUCGAAGAUCCACCCACUGCAGCCUUAAGCUAAAGAAAAAGUGAAUAAGAAAUUGAGGUGAUCUUCUAUGUAAUGAUCUUCUUAGAAAUUACUUUAGGAUAUAAUAACAGCUCUGGGGCGCACCUACAAAACGCCCCAGAGCUGCUGCAUUCGCAGUUGCAACAAUGUCUUCAUUAAUUUUGUUAAGCAUAAUUCCGAGCAUGAGAAGUUUCCUCUCUCAGUGCAAUUUUGAAGUCUUUGUUUGCGAAGAUGUGGUGCGACAAAAAGAAACCCUAUUUAUUUCAAUUUCACCUCAAAUUGAAUAAUUCUUAAGGUGUUUUAGCUUAAUAACUUUGUGCGCGCGGUUUUACCCGCUCAGCAAUUUCAAUGUGAGAUGUACAUAAAAUGAAAUAGGAACGAUGGCGCAGUGUAUUUAAGUUUGAUUUUAUGUGAAUAUACCUUUUUUUUAAGACAUAAAUGUGUAAAAUGUAAAUCAUAAUUUGCGAAGGAAAACAAUACAAGAAGAAGAUGAAAAAAAAUGUGCAACUCCGACAAUUAAAAA